UGGUUUGUGGGCUGCCGAUCAACAGCCGUGCAUCGAAGGCGCCAACCUGGAGGACAAGUAUAAUUUUUCUCAUUUGCAUUUCCACUGGACGGAUGGUGAUGGUAGUGAUGUCGUCAAUGAACACAUCGUCAACGGCCGAGGACACGAGUUGGAAAUGCAUUUAAUAUUUUUCAAAGGGUCGUGUAAAACAAUUGUUGAAGCUGGAUCAAUAAAAAAUGGUAUUGUAACGUUGGCAUAUUUAUUUGACGUCACAGAAAACCAACAUCAGGGCAUUGAUCACAUAACUACUCAUUUGAGUAAUGUACAAACGUUUGGAAAAACGUCUAGAAUACCCGUUUUUCCGUUAAGCCAUUUGAUUCAUAACCAACCAGUUGAGUACUUUACGUACUCUGGCCAAAUCGAUAUACGCGGAUGUAAGUGUGGCGUAACUCAGUGGAUAGUUUUCACUAAAACGAGUGAUGUUAAUCGUGAACAGAUGGAUCAGUUCCGUUGUAUGCUGAACAAACAGGGUCAUGCUAUCAAUAGUAACUAUCGAAAGGCCAACCCAGUGCCAGCCGGCAACAAUACACGUCCCUAUCUGGUAGUGUUGAACGGCUACCACAGUGACUCGACGGAUGGCGUUGUCGUGACGGCGGCGGUGGAGUCAGAAGCGGCGGUGCCGGUGGUGGAGUCAGAGGCGGGGGUUGAGUUAGAAGCUGUGGUGGAAUCAGAAGCAUUGGUGGAAUCAGAAGCAGUGGUGGAAUCAGAAGUAUUGGUGGAAUCAGAAGCAGUGGCGGAAUCAGAGGCGGGAGUUGAGGUAGCCAUGGUCCGAUCACGUUCCGGCGAACUAAGGCAGAUAUCAAGACGCCCAUCGUUGACUGUCGUCGCAUCUGUCGACGGCGGUAAUUCGCGCAGGCCCCUGUGCGUCAAGUCCACUAAGACGCAACUGUUGCGUCGUUCGUUCAACCUAAAUAAACUGUCGGUCCACAAUUACUGGCCACCGACUACGAAGCCGGUUGUCAUAAGCAACCACGGGCUGUUUGAACACGUGCAGAGGGCGACCGUUGUCAAAACCGAGAAAAAUAACUUGCAGCCGUCGUUGUCGUUAGUCAACGCGACCAGACCUUCGUGGAAGUAAAUGUCACGUUAUUAUAAUACGUACACCGCGCAUGUGUUACGUUCA